AUGUCGUCUUCUUUGGCCUCCUCGUCCUACCGCCGCAGGAUCCUCGACUCCAAGGUGGCGGCCACCCACGCGCUCUACUCUUCCCGCCUCCCCUCCCGCUCCAGGCAGACUGCGCACACCAGGAUUGGCGCCACCACCACAGCUCACGGACUUGAGAGUAGCAUCAUCAGCGUCCUAACUAUGCAUCACUGGGAGACCUUGAAUCGUAUGGCGUACAAAUUUGGUAAGCUUGACAAAGUUCAUGGAAAAGUAGCCUUGAAGAUACUGGGCUCGAUUGUGCACCUAUCAGGCUUAGAGCGAAUUACCCAUAUUUACUGCAUGGCUGCUCAUAUCCUCAUCCAAGCUCAAAUGCAUUCACAAGCAAUAUCAGUGUUGAAGCAUCUUGCUGUGGGAGGAUUCCCCUGCAGUGCUAUAUUGAGCUCCCUUAUGCGAACCAUCACGCGUUGUGAUUCCAGUCCCAUGAUUUUUGACCUUCUUAUCAAUGCAUAUCUGAAGGAAAAGAAAGUUGUUGAUGCAAGUAAGGCGAUUUUAUUUAUGGAUGCAUGUGGAUUUAAGGCUUCAGCUCUUUCCUGCAAUGCUGUCAUUAAUGCUCUCGUGGAAGUUGGGGAAUCAAAACAUGUUUGGUUCUUCUUAAAAGAAAGCCUGGCCCGGAAGUUCCCUUUGGAUGUCAUCACUUGCAAUAUUGUGCUGAAUUCUCUGUGCCUUGAGGGCAACCUUAAAAGUGCUAAUCUUAUGCUACAAAAUAUGAAGAGUUGCUCCUUAGCAAAUGUGGUUACUUAUAAUACAAUACUUUACUGGUAUGUUAAGAAAGGAAGGUUCAAGGCUGCCAUGUGUGUCUUAGAAGAUAUGGAGAAGAAUUUUGUAGAGCCAGAUGUAUAUACUUACAACAUCAUGAUAAUUAAGUUAUGUAGAAUGAAGAGGAGUGCACGUGCCUACCUUUUGCUCAAAAGAAUGAGGGAAGAUAACUUAUCACCUGAUGAAUGUACAUAUAAUACUUUGAUCAAAGGUUUCUUUGAUGAAGGUAAGAUGAAACUUGCUAUCUAUAUCUUCAACGAAAUGCUGAAACAGAGCCUGAAACCAAGUCUAGCUACUUACACUACCUUGAUUGAUGGGUAUUGCCGAAAUGGGACCACUGAUGAAGCUUUAAGAGUUCUAUGUGAAAUGCAAGUUGCUGGUGUAAAACCAAGUGAAUUAACUUACAGUGCAAUGCUGAAUGGUUAUUGCAAAGCUUCCAUGCUGGGACAUGCAAUGAAUCUUAUUGAAGUUCUGAAAGCAAGUGGUACAACAAUCAAUAGGACUAUGUAUACUAUUCUGAUUGAUGGUUUCUGUCAGCUAGGAGUGGUUUCUAAGGCCAAACAAAUAUUAAAGUGCAUGCUUGUUGAUGGAAUUAAUCCAGAUGUUAUUACUUACUCAGCAUUGAUUAAUGGUAUGUGCAAGAUGGGUAAGCUGGAUGAAACAAAAGAGAUUUUGCCAAGGAUGCAAAAAACUGGAGUUUUGCCUAAUGAGGUGCUUUAUACAACUCUAGUUUGCUAUUGUUGUAAGGCUGGAUAUGUCAGAGAAGCACUAAAGUAUUUCGUGGACAUCUAUCGAAGGGGCCUAACUGCCAAUUCAUUCAUCCAUAAUACUUUGUUAUGCUCGUUGUAUGGAAAAGGAAUGAUUGCACAGGCUGAGCAAUUCAAACAAUACAUGUCUAGGAUGCAGAUAUCAUUUGAUGUCGCCUCUUUCACCUGUAUAAUAGACUACUACUGCACCAAAGGUAACAUGCAUGAGGCAUUCUCGGUGUAUGAUGAUAUGGGUAGAUAUGGUUGUUCUCCAAAUGUUUACACAUAUAGGAAUUUGCUUAGAGGAUUAUGCAAGGGAGGCCACUUGGUACAAGCAAAGGAGUUCAUGGCCUGCCUUAUUGACAUACCUUCUGCAAUUGAUCAGAAAACCUUUAAUGCAUUACUUCUAGGGAUCUGCAAAGAUGGGACACUAGAUGAAGCUCUGGAGUUAUGUGACAAAAUGGUUACAAGUAACUUCCUACCUGGCAUCCAUACCUACACGAUUCUUCUUAGUGGUUUUUGCAGAAAAGGUAAAAUUGUACCCGCGGUCAUCUUGUUGCAGAUGAUGUUGCAGAAAGGGUUUGUCCCAGAUAUUGUUACAUAUACAUGUUUGUUGAAUGGUUUGAUCAAGGAAGGCCAACUUAAGGUUGCUUCCUACCUGUUCCAGGAGAUCAUAUGCAAGGAAGGCAUGUAUGCUGAUUGUAUUGCCUACAACUCAAUGAUAAAUGGGUACCUAAAGGCAGGAAUGAUACAUAAAGUAGAUAUGAUGAUUUGUGAUAUGCAUCGUAAUGAGGUUUCUCCAAACCCAGCUAGUUAUAAUAUUCUUAUGCAUGGGCACAUCAAGAAGGGACAUUUAUCAAGAUCUAUUUAUCUCUACAAAGAUAUGAUAAGGAAUGGGAUUAGGCCAAACAAUGUGACAUAUCGUUUGCUUAUGCUUGGACUUUCCAAACAGGGUAUGAUUGAAAUUGCAGUCAAGUUCUUGGAAAAGAUGGUCUUAGAAGGCAUUUAUCCUGAUAAGUUAGAUUUUGACUUACUCAUAACUACAUGUAGUGAAAAAUCUAGGAUGCCUAAUGCUUUACAGGUUUUCAACUGUAUGAAGCGGUUAUAUAUGUCACCUAGCAGCAGCGCAUACAGUGCCAUGAUAAAUGGAUUAAUCAGGAAAAACUGGUUGCAGCAGAGUUGUGAUAUUUUACGGGACAUGGUUGAAAGUGGAGUUGAACCAAAUCAUACACACUAUAUUGCGUUAAUCAAUGCAAAAUGCAGGAUUGGGGACAUCAAUGGAGCAUUCAGGCUUAAAGAGGAAAUGGCAGCUCUUGGUGUUGUGCCAGCUGAAGUUGCUGAAAGCUCAAUUGUUAGAGGUCUUAGUAAAUGUGGAAAGGUUGAAGAGGGCAUCAUAGUUUUCUGUAGCAUGAUUCGUGCAGGAUUGGUGCCAACCAUUGCUACUUUCACUACCCUAAUGCAUGGUCUGUGUAAAGAAGGCAAGAUUGUGGAUGCUCUGGACCUCAAAAGGUCAAUGGAGUUGUAUAGAUUGAAGAUUGAUGUUGUCACCUAUAAUGUUCUAAUCACAGGUCUGUGCAAGAAUCAGUGUGUUUCUGAUGCAUUAGAUCUUUAUGAAGAGAUGAAAUCUAAGCAACUUCGACCGAACCUUACAACAUACACCACAAUAGCUGGAGCCAUCUAUGCAUCAGGCAGAAUUCUGGAGGGAGAGAAACUACUCAAUGAUAUAGAAGAUAGGGGCUUUGUUUCUUCAUAUAAGGAUCAAAGUCCUGAAUGGAGGUUGCAAAAUGCAGUGAGGAAGUUAAACAUGAUAAGAAAUUGCCGAAAAACAAUAACAUUUGAGAAUGAGGUCGAGCCACUGCAUGCAGAUCAUGAAUCCAUGCCUGCCAAAGACUGAAAUCCUCUAGAAAUUGAACUUUCCACUUCAAAGGAAGUGAUACAUUUAAUCGACAUAUAUAUGUAUCAGUACAUUUGAGAGUCCUCUGAAUGGCUAUUUUAGCUCAUCGAUUUUUUUUUGCAAAGGUAAGUUGUCUUCUCUCCACUACAUCCUACUUGCAACAAGGAAAGGACAGAUCAGGUGCAUCUGUUCACUUCAAUGUUACAAUCUAAGUUGCUGGAUAUCAGCGUAUAAGAACAUAGUUACUUGCUUUGCUUUGUUUCACCAUUUACUGGGCAGUGCUGCUAUUUUUGCACUUUUUCUUCCUUGCUGCAGAAACAUAGUGUAGGGUGGCAAGAUUGCAGCUUCGCUGUGCUAUAUGUACAGUUUUCAGUAGAAAGACUCUGCGUAUAUUAUUUUUUUGAAGGUAGAAGAAACAAGAACACAGCCAGUAGAAAAUGGGUGAAGAGUAAAAUGUAUUAUAGUUAGUCUUGCAUAACUGGAGAACAAUAUGUACUCUCUGGGAAGGAGAGAUUACCCUUGUGCUAAUGUUUAGAGUUGCUUUUUUAGAUGUGCAACUUACAUUAGCUACAAAUUUCAGCUGACAUGGCUGGACUAGCAUCCCAAAUGAAGAUAUCUUGUGCAAGAGAUGUGUAUUCCAUUUGGAUGAAACGAUGAAGUGUUUCCGUAGGCACAUGGCCACUGAGUGUUACUACUAGUUGGAUGAACUUGAUUGUACCUCUGUCCGUGUUAAACAAACACACAGAAGUGAAUACAUUCAGAACAUUAUUGCUAGCAAAGUCUCUAGUUAAACUCUAGGAUUCCAAAGAAGCAGUUAAUUAUGUAGGUCUGAAACAUUGUACUGAAAGAACUUCAAAGCUCAGGAUGAUGAUUAACAUUGUGUGUUCUAAUUUCUAGGUUAAUCGUGCACUGGUAAUAUUCAAUCUUAAUUAUGUGUUGAAGUUCCAUUUGUUAAUUCAUUUCUAACUAGUCUAUAGAACAUAGUUUUUACAUUGCAUUAUCUUCUUUUUUUUCUGGUCAUUAUUGUAGGAAUCUAUGAAAUUGUUGUGUUUAUAUCAAU